AUGCUUGGUAGUCAACAAACAUUCGAGAGCGUUCUUGAUGAUUUUUAUGAGAUGAAAAUCUCAGAUGAUCAGCAGGAAGCUAUCUUGGAUGAUGACUAUUCGAAAUUUAUUGAUCAAAUCCAAAAAGGUUUAAAAGAAAACGUUUUAAAUAUCGAAAGUAUGCAUAUUGGUGUUCAUGCUCUAACAGGAGUUCAAAGAUUAAUGCGAUUUUUACCAAAUAUUACAGCUUUAAAUCUUUAUGACAAUUUAAUCAGAGAUUCCGGAUUAACUCCAGUACUAAACAUACUAAAAUUGAACACAAAAAUAAGAUAUCUCAAUAUAGGAUGCAAUGAUUUAGGAAAUGGAUGUUCAUUAGCUUUAUCUGACAUAAUUCGAACAACACCACUUACUAGUCUUCAAAUUGGAAGACGAGAACUUAUAUGGCAAGCAAAUAAGAUCGGAGCUGAUGGACUUUUCACAAUAAUUUCUACAAUUAUCGAAACAAACACCCUAAGAAGCCUUGGUUUGGCAGGAAUAGUAGAACCUAAAGCGAAGAAAGGACACAACAAGAUAACUACAUCUCAAUUAAUAUCUGAUGUCAUUGAAAAAUGCUCAAAUUUAUCAACAUUAGACGCUUCAUAUACAUAUUUGAGCGAUGAAGACCAAAAAAUGCUUGAAGUUAGCUUUUCUAACAAUCAAAAUUUACGCCAUUUAACGCUUAUUGGCAACACAUUUUCUAAAGGAAUUGGAGUUGCAAAUGGAAUAUCACAAAUUAAGACUCUUAAGUAUCUUGACAUCAGCAAUUGCUCAUUAUCACAAAGAUCAUGUGAAAUAUUUGCUCAGGCUCUCGCUGAUGGCUGGGAACUUAUUAAUUUAAAUCUUUCGGAAAAUCCAAUAGGAUCUGAUGGUAUAAUAUCAUUAUUCCAAGCUUUGAUAGACAAUAAUACCCUUACUUCUUUGAAUUUGUCUCAUGUUGGUUUUGAUUCAUCUGCUGUUGAUUCUAUUUACAAUUUUAUGCAGUCAGGCCAUGUGCUUGACACAUUAAAUUUAUCUCGUAACUUUGCAGGCGAUGAAUUAGCUUACGCUUUUGCAGAUACAAUCGGAGAAAAUCAAACUAUUAGAAAACUGAAUUUAAGCUCUUGCAGAAUCACAGAUGAUGGAGCUAUUGCAGUUGCAAAUGCUUUAGUGCCAAACAACUGUCUUAGAAAACUAAUAAUUGAAGAUAAUUUUAUUUCAACGGCCGGAUGCUAUGAAAUGGUUGCUGCUCUCCAACCAAACGAAAAUAUUACAUACCUUGGUGUUAAAUCCAACCAAAUCGAUCACUUUGCGUUUGAAGCUGUCGCUACAUUAUGUAAACGUAACAAAAUUGCUCAUCACGACAAAUCUUUGCAGCCAUUACGUAGAGAAUACGUCAGAUUAUCAAUAGAAACAUCGAAAAUGUCAAGAGUGAAAGACACUCUCGGUGUUGUUCGUCAAAUUACUGGACAAAUUAACGAAAAAAUUGAAAAUCUGAAUUACGAAAGAGAAAAUUACGAAGAUAAGACACAUGGUGAGCUCAACGAGAUACACAAGUCCAUAGAUGACUAUAAGACAAUGAUUGCUGAAGAGCAGUUAGGUCUAGAAGACGCAAUUGUCAAAAAAUCAGAACUUGAAAAAGACCAUUCGGAAAAAAUGAUGUCUGUUCAAGCAGAGAUUGAUGCAGACACUAAAAAGAAGGGUGAAGCUGAAAGUAAAGCUAUACAAGUAGAGAAUGGAACUAAAGCAAUGCAAGAAGAGCUCACAAACCAGAAAGACAACCUACAAAAGGAAAUAGAUGUAAUUAAAAAAUUGAUUGAAAUUGCAGAAGAAACACUGAAAAAUAAAGAAAAAGCUGUCAAAUGGAAGAUACCUCAGCUACCAAAUGAUGAAACACUAAGGAAGAUGGCCCUUGGAGAGAUACCACUCACUCAACAGCCAACAAAGUCAAAGAAGAAAUUAACUAAAGACAAUUCAGCAUCAAAUUCUCUAAAAUCAGCGAGAAGAUUACCAAAAAUUCGGAAAUAA